AUGUCCUUGGAACGAAUGAGAAAGAGUAUUCAAAUAAUCUUUGGAAUUGAUAAGAAUAAAACGACUAGAGAACCGUUAAUUCAAGAGAGAAUUUAGCAAGAAUUUUUAUUUGAUUCAAAAAUGAAUGAGUAACAUCAAAAUAAAUUCUCAAUGAUGAAUCAAUAAAGGAAGAGAUCUAACUAAUAUUAUUAUGCUUUAGAUAGAUUGAGGACAUUUUAUUAAAAUAAAGCCUAAAAUAAUGAAUAUGAACAAAUUCCUGUCAUCACAUAUCUUGGAGAUAAUACAGAAGUAAUUGGGUUAUUUCAAGUAAUAGAAAAAACUAAAUUUGAAUAUGAAUCAUGCUAGAUGGAAUUAGUAAGAUCGAUUUCAUGA